AUGGCUCCCAUUCGCGUGGGAAUCGUGGGCUUGUCAAGCAAACCGACCACAUGGGCACCUCUGGCUCAUCUACCUCGACUGGCCAGCUCUCCGAAUUUCAAGAUCGUGGCACUGUGCAACACGACCCUGGAAUCCACAAAAGCAGCCAUCAAAGCACACAAUCUCCCCGAGUCCACCAAAGCCUACGACUCGUACGACCAGCUCGCCGCCGACCCUGAUGUUGACUUAUACGUGGUGUCAACGCGAGUUGACACUCACUAUGAUGUCGCCAUGCCGGCUCUGAAAGCCGGCCGUGAUGUCUUUGUGGAAUGGCCUCUCGCUGCAACGACAGAGCAGGCAAAGGAGAUGGCAGCUGUUGCUCGAGAGAAGAAUAUCAAGACCAUUGUUGGCCUCCAGGGUCGUGUGGCGCCCAGCGUCAAGAAGGUAAAGGAGCUCAUCGAUGCAGGGGCCAUAGGAGAAAUCCACAGUGUUAAUUACCAGGCGGCAAUUCAUGUGUGGCAAAACAAUGCAGCGAGCGAGAGAUAUCAAUAUUUCAUGGAUCGCAGAAUCGGCGGCAACUUGUUGACCAUAUAUGGCGGCCACAUCCUCGACUCCAUCCUGUAUGCGGUGGGUGAACUGAAACCUGGGAGUUACACCCCUAUGGCGGUCAAUUUGCGGCCCAGAAUGCACGUUAUGAAAUCUGACGGAUCCUUGUCGGAAGAGCUCUACGACAAGGACACGCCCGACCAAAUCCUUAUCCAAGGGCGCCUGGACCGACAUCCGUCUGCAGUAUUCAGCUUCCAUCUGAGAGCCGGAGACAGAUUCAUCGAUAACCCAGGAUCAACGUGGAGGAUAUAUGGCACCAAAGGCGAACUAGUCGUGGAAUUCGCCGGUGCUGGACCGCAGAUUGCCAAAGCAACCAAUAUACUCUUCUCCAAUGCGGAGAAAGGAGUCGUCGAGGAAAUUGUCGUGGAUGAAGGUGGGCAGGAAUGGACAGACUUACCAACGCAAGGUCAGAACAUUGGUCGGCUGUAUGAAGCCUACGCUGCAGGAGAACCCUACGGCGACUUUGAUCUCGCCGUCAAGAGGCACGAGCUCCUUGACGAGUUCUGGGCAUCAUUGCAGAAGUGA